AUGAAGCCAGAGAUAAUCAAUGAUCUCAUUUCUACUGAAGAAAAUUGUGAGGCUAGAGGAAUUAACGUAUCAAAAAUGACAUUUUCUGCUUCCCUUCUUGAGGUUCCUGAGGAAGUGAAGACGAAUUUGAAUUUUCCUCCACUUUGGGGAUUCACAUCUGUCUGUGGAAGGAGGCCGGAGAUGGAAGAUACUGUCAUAGCUUUACCUCGGUUCUUGACCAUCCCUUCUCCACUGUUGACUCAUAGACCAAUUAUGAAUGUCAGGCAUCAAGAUUUAAAAGCCCACUUCUUUGGAGUUUAUGAUGGACAUGGGGGCCAGCAGGAAAGAGAUGUCAAUGAAGAGUCUGGUUGGAAACUUGUUCAUGGAGAUGUAUUUAGGACUCCCCUUUGUUUAGUUUUACUCUCUGCUCUUGUUGGCACGGCGCACAACUAG